GAGCUCAGUCAUCCAAAAACGGCCUUUCAGUGUGAGAACUUGGGGAGCCGAAGAAAAUGUCGGUGGCAUCGCAGUAAAUUACUAAAGGAGCGAGGCUUUAGAGGGAAAAGAGAAGCAAAAACUUUUAUAUUUUGGGGACUAAAACGUACAGCAGAAGAGAAACGAAGAGGAGAUCGGCUGGUUAAAACGAGGUGUGAGCACCAACUACAGCAGUUUUGGUGUGUGUUUCAGGAGGUAGUGUAUGGAAGAUGUCUGGAAAGCGAGACUGGACUCCGUGGAUGAAAAAGAGAAGAGCUCCUGUGUUGUGCGCUCUGGGUGCAGUACUGCUGUGCUGCCUGCAGAGCGGUGCCUCUCUCCCUGACGAGGUGCCAGUGUUCACUGAAGAGCCCAUGUCCGUGGUGCAGAAGCUGGGUGGCAGCGUGAAUCUGCGCUGCAGCGUCCGACCCGCCUCGGCCAACAUCAGCUGGCGCCUCAACGGCCAGGAGUUCCUGGAUGGAGAUUUGGGUGUAGUGCUGGGGCCCAAUAGCCUGUACAUCCCCACACUCUCCAACCUGACUCUGGGCAGAUACCAGUGUGUGGCCAGCACCAGCGCAGGAGCUUUGGCGAGUGUGCCUGCUAACGUCACUGCUGCCAAGCUGCGGGACUUUGAGCAUGAUGACCAGCAGGAGAUCGAGGUGGACGAAGGCAACACGGCUGUGAUUGAAUGUCACCUGCCUGAAAGCCAGCCCAAGGCUCAGGUCCGCUACAGUGUCAAACAGGAGUGGCUGGAAACAUCCAAAGGGAACUACCUCAUCAUGCCGUCAGGGAACCUGCAGAUAGCCAACGCCACGCAGGACGAUGAGGGGCCAUACAAGUGUGCUGCCUAUAACCCCGUCACUCAGGAGGUCAAAACAUCGACCUCCGCAGACCGCCUGCGCAUACGCCGCUCCACCUCGGAAGCAGCUCGGAUCAUUUACCCACCAGCGUCUCGUUCCAUCAUGGUGACCAAAGGCCAGCGGCUGGUGUUAGAGUGCGUGGCCAGCGGCAUCCCCACUCCGCAGGUCAUAUGGGCAAAAGAUGGGCAGAACCUGCAUUCCCAUAACAACACUCGCUUCCUGCUCAGCAACCUGCUGAUUGACGCGGUGGGCGAGGGCGACUCGGGCACUUACAUUUGCAGAGCAGACAACGGCAUCGGCUCUGCCAGCUCUGCAAUGGUGCUUUAUGACGUACAAGUGUUUGAGCCUCCUCAGGUGACGGUGGAGCUGCAGCAGCAGGAGGUCGUGUACGGAGAGACGGUGCGCUUCACCUGCCAGGCCCGUGGUAAACCCACUCCCUCAGUGAUGUGGCUUCACAAUGCCCGUCCGCUCUCCCCGUCUCCUCGCCACCGCCUGACCUCGCGGAUGCUGCGUGUCUCCAACGUGGGCCCUCAGGAUGAUGGACUGUACCAAUGCAUGGCUGAGAACGGGGUGGGCAGCUCACAGGCCUCCGCUCGCCUCAUCACGGUUUCCACCGGAAUUUCAUCCAGGGUGAAGCUGCCCUCAAUCUAUCGGCCGCUCAGCCCAGACAAGGUGCUAAGAGAGCAGCCGCCUGUGAGGCCUGCAGCUACGGGUGCCAUGUUGCCUCUGGACUGCUCAGAGCUGCCAGGACAGAUCCUGCCUGCAGAAGCUCCCAUCAUCCUCAGCCAGCCGCGCACAGGCAAGGCUGACUACUAUGAACUCACAUGGAGGCCGCGGCAUGAGCGAGGCAUCCCUGUGCUGGAGUAUAUGGUCAAAUACAGAAAGGUGGGAGACCCUCUAGCAGACUGGACCUCCAGCAGUAUCUCAGGCUCUCUCCAUAAGCUGACUCUGGCCAAGCUGCAGCCAGACAGCCUGUAUGAGGUGGAGAUGACUGCCAAAAACUGUGGAGGUUUAGGACAACCUGCCAUGAUGACCUUCAGAACUGGCAAAGUUCGUAAAGGGCAAAUUGACCCACCCAAAACUCCUGCUGUUCCAUCACCAAGCCUCUCUCCUCCCGAAGCCCCCGACAAGCCCACAGUCUCCACUGCAACAGAAACGUCUGCAUACGUGACUUGGAUUCCUCGCGGUAACCGUGGCUUUCCCAUCCAGUCAUUUCGGGUGGAGUACAAGAAGGUGAAGAAGGCAGGAGAGGACUGGGUGACAGCGGUGGAAAACAUCCCCCCGUCGCGACUCUCUGUGGAGAUCACGGGCCUGGAGAAAGGUACGUCCUAUAAGUUUCGUGUUGUGGCUGUGAAUGUAAUCGGUUCCAGUCCUCCCAGUGCUCCUUCGAAGGCAUACACAGUGGUGGGUGGGAGAACCCAUGAACGCCCUGUUGAUGGACCCUACAUCACCUACAAUGAAGCCAUCAAUGAGACUACCAUCAUUCUCAAAUGGACGUACACUCCCGUCAACAACACACCCAUCUACGGUUUCUACAUCUACUACCGGCCAACAGACAGCGAUAAUGAUAGUGACUAUAAGAAGGAUGUGGUGGAGGGAGACAGAUACUGGCAUUCGAUCACUGACCUCCAGCCUGAGACCGCCUACGACAUCAAGAUGCAGAGCUUCAACGAGAAGGGAGAGAGUGAAUUUGGCAAUGUGGUGAUCCUUGAAACGAAAGCUCGCCCUCAUCACCAGCGGCCUACUCCAUCAGACACCCCGGACCAUGGGUUGACACACCCCGGCGGGCUCGUGCCUCGGCCCGGUGAUCUACCCUACCUCAUAGUUGGUGUUGUCCUGGGAGCCUUCGUCUUCAUCAUUGUUGCCUUCAUCCCCUUCUGCCUUUGGAGGGCUUGGGCCAAACAGAAGCAAGCGUCCGACUUGUGUUUUCCUGCCGUGGCCGCCCCCUUGUCGUCAUGCCAGUACACCAUGGUUCCCCUUCAGGGGCUUGCCCUGGUUGGCCACUGCCCGCUGGACGGCCACAUGACGGUUCCACAUGGCGUCUACCCUGCUAAUGGAGAAUACACUCCGAACGGAAAACCUCACCACCCCACACACUGCCUGCCAGGGCUGCAGCAGGAUGAGGUGGACUGUGAUAUGGAGUGUGACUCGCUGUUGCCACAGACGGUGUCUAAUGGACAUCUGCCCGUUUACCACUACUCCUCCAGUAGUCCAGAUCAUCUUGACCAGAGUUGCUGUCCUCCUGAUAACUCCACUCUUCAGCUCCUCGACUCUUCCCAUCAGCACUGCAGUUUACAGGAACUGGGACAUGAUGGUAACUUCUGUGGUGGAGAUAAAUCAGAGGAUGGCAUCACUCACAAGCCAGCGUCCUUCCCUCUUCUCUCUCUAGAAGACGAAGGGAUUUUCACCACACCAUCCUCAGCAGCCACAACACCACAAUCCCAAGAUACAACAGUACAGGAAGUGAACGUCCUCUCAAAUGAAGCCUCCCCUGAGGGGAAAAGGACAGCCAACAGAACAGAUGUAUAAGAGACUGCUACACAGAAGAAAACGAGAGAAAAUAUUUAUUUUUGUAUCACAGAUAUUUAUAUAUUUAUGCUUUUGUACAUAAGUGUCUGAUUAUACUGUAUAUAAGGUUAUUUUCAUAUUGAAAAGGACUCUUUAUUAAUACAUUGUCAUGGAGAAAGGAAUACCAUGUUGUGAUGCUGAAGUCUUUUUACAUUUCUUUGGGAGGGAAACAAGUUUGAGACAUUAUUCCUCAUGUGAAGAUCAUCCAGGGGACCUUUUUUUUUUUUUUUUUUUUUUAAAAUCUGCAGGGGAUUUCUCUCAGUUCAGCGCUUCAUGUCUAGACCCUCUUCACUCCUCGCUUCAUUACUCGUGGAUAUCCCCAACCCUAAAUGUUUGGACCAUAGGUACUUAGCUUUGCAUACAACAGAAAAAAAGGACCAUUCAAACCAGUCUAAUGCUGUAAUUAUGAGGUGCUUCAUUUGCUUUGUCACGUUUUCAGAAUACGUCAUUUUCUAUAGCAGUAACUCAUGUAUUAUGCAUUGUUCAUCAUUAACGAACUAUUAACAAGUGUAUGCAACAUAAAUCAUUGUUAGUGUAGUGUAUGAGAUUAUAUAUUGUAUAGUUAUUUAUUUUUUUUGGUGUUUUUUUUUUUUUUUUUUAAAUCACUGAAUGGGAGAGAUUCUGGAAAAUAUCUUAAACUCUGAUAAGCUGAACUUUAUACUGCAACCACUUCCGUUGUUUACUCAUUUGCUGGUUACCAAAUGACUGCCAGGUGAGGGCGCUGUGACAGGUGUGACAGUAUUAUUCCUCCCUCACAGGUGCAUAAGUAUUAGUCUUUGCCAGAGACACCCGCAAUCAAAAUGAAGGACAUCCUGAAUCUACACUCCCCCUUGUAAGUGUAGCCAUUGUGUGGUUGCAUAUGCUGGAGCACUAUCGCAUGUAAAUAAAAGCUUAUGAAAUUGA